GGCUGAGGCGGCGGCGCGCACGUACGGCUCUGUGAGGCGCGCGGUGCUGGAGUGGACGCGGGAGUACCCGGCUGCGCAGGAAGGUUUCCGGAGGCGGUGGGGUGUGCCUGCGCGCGGACUACAGUGGCAUUGCUCUCUUGUCCGCUCGCGCUGCUGGAUCCCCAUUCCCUCCUUGUUGAAGGAUAAUGGGCUACAGGAGUGUUACAGGGGUGAGGGAAGGACUUGGAAUCCUAGAACCGUGUGAGGAUUUCGGGAGCUCUAUCGCCCAGUGUGACUGCUGGACCUGAGGGAAGACUCCAGCAGUGGCUUGCUAAACUAAACAAGGGUGAUGUCAAGCCACUGCUUCUUGUGGACAUCCAUCACGGGCUUGUGUCAGAAUCAUCUCCCUGUCCCCUGUUGGCAGUGGAUAUACCGGAGGAGGGACUUCCGGGUUUGUCUGCGAUCUGGAACUAGAAAUCAGUGCGCUGUGGCUUCUGAGAGCAGUUCUAAUGCUCUGUGUUUAGCGUUUCGUACACAGGUGAUUAGAACCUCAUUUUAUUCUAAUUCCCAUCUACGCCUAAGUGAUUAUGUAUUUAAGGAACUGACUUGUUGUGUUGCAGAAUCUCUGGAUGAUAACUCUUAAUUCAAGGCAAUAUGGAUAUUUGAAAUAGUUUUAUUGCUACAGAACUGUAAUGUCCACGUUAGUAGUAUGCAUGCAAAAUGAAAAAUACAAUAUUAAUUGGAUGUAGAAGUUCUCUAUUAAAUUCAUGUGGUUAUUCAAUGACACAUAUUUUUGAAGAAAUAAAAGCUUUAUGAUUAACAUCAGCAAACGUAACCUGUAGAGUCAAGUCAGUACAACCUUACGAAUAUGCUUGUCUUGUUUGAGAGCAAGUAGCAGUGAGUGUUUCCCCUCCAUUUAUAAAUGGAAUAAAACAUAGGUGUUUGACUCGUCUUGCAACAGUUCAGUUUUGUACGAGGAAAGUUGCAUACAGCUCUCUACCAGCUGAUAUGCAAUGCUGUAUUGGAGAAAAUAGGUUGAUUCCUUUGAAUGUCUUCUGUAAUCAAAGAUACACUUAAUGGCUUGAAGUUUUAAAUAGCUAUAAUGAAAUAUUCAUAAAGGCUAACUCUUGGGAUCUCCAAUCUAUACUCUGAAAAUCUUAGUACUCUUUUUAAUAAAUCUUUUGUUUGAUUUUGAAGAAGAGGACUUUAGCAAUAUUCAGGAAAACUGUGUGUAAUAAAUAUCCAGUAUUCUUAUUUAUGUUUUCAUAUCUUCUGUAAGAAGAACCAUAAUAAUAGCAGGUGACUUCAUAGAAGCUUUAUUAAAAGCAAAGCAAAACCACAGCAGCCCUUUCUCUCUUCAUAUAGAAAAAAACAUUUCAAAUUUUGAGGAAACAAUCAUAGAAUGUCUUAGAUUGGAGGGCACCUUGAAGAUCAUCUACUUAAAAACCCCCUGCCAUGGACAGAGUUGCUACCCACUAGAUCAGACUGACCUGGAUUGCAUGCAGACUGACCUUGUAUGCCUCCAGAUAUGAGGCAUUUGCAGCCUCUUCCAGUGGUUCACCACCUUCUGAAUAAGAAAAUUUCUUCCUUACAUUGACCCUAAAUCUCUCCUCUUUUAGUUUAAAACUGUUCUGUCACUGUCAGACUGUGUAAGCGGUUAGUCCCCCUUCCUGCUUGUAAGCUUUCUUCGAGUACUAAAAGGCCACAAUAAAGUUUCCCAAGAGCCUUCUCUUCUCCAAGCUAAACAAGUCCAACUCUCUCAACCUUUCUUUGCAGGAGAGCUGCUUCAGCCCUCUGAUUGUUUUUGUGGCCCUCCUCUGGACCUGCUCUAGCAGCUCCACAUCCCUCCUGCACUGUGGGCCCCAGGCCCGGACACAGUACUAUGGGUGAAGCCUCCUAAGGGCAGAGUAGAGGGGACAAUCGCUUCCCUGCUAGUGACCUCUCUUUUGAUGCAGCACGGUGUACUGUUGGCCUUCUAGGCUGCAAGAGCAUGCUGUUGGCUCACGUUAAACUUUUCAUCCAUCAGGACCCCCAAGUCUGUCUUUAUAGGGCUGCUUUCAGUAAAUUCUUCUUUGUCUGCACUUGUAUCUGGGAUUGCUGUGAAGAAGUUAUAUUUCAGGAGGCACAGAUAAAAGUCCAGGGAAUGGAACCAUUUGUCUUAACAUGUGAGAUGUCAGAGCAGGUAAAUGGGUAUGACUUCUUUGAGGGCUUGUAUACCUCUUAGAAUGGUACUUGACUGAAACAAAAUUGACUAAAGUAAAACCAUGACCAGGCUGCCUUCAAAUUCCUCUAGGUGGUUUCUCAGUGUGCAUGUCUUCCUAGCUGCUGUCUCUGCCACUUUCAUUCUUACUCUUUAGAUUUUGGGAAUUAGUUAUUAUUAUUUGCUUCCAUUUAAUUUUCAGGUUAUUUUUAUUGUUUUCUUAAUGAAAUUGACUUAUCAACUUUAAAUGAGUUUAUUCAAAUGAAAAUUAAGAACUCUGUAUUAGUAUUUGACAAGUCUGAAAGUAACUGAAAUAUAAGUUGACAAAUAAACCUUUCAAAAUACUUCCAACCCAAAUAAUUAACGGUCCAUUAAAAAAAAAAAAAACAAAACACAACUUUAAGUAAACUUUCUUCCAGAGUUGCUCAUUAAGCAGUUCAUUAGAUGAGGAAGUAUAAAUACUGAAGUCAAUCAAAUUUCCAAGGCAGAUGUUAUAAAGAGAAAAAAAAUUCUGUAAGCGUGUCAAAAUCUUGCUGCUAUAAGCAAUUCUUUAGAUUACUGAAUGCCAGCAUCGUAACAGCAGGUCUGUAUAUCAGUUUCUGUGCCGAUUCUGAUGUCUGAAAAGGGCCAUAUUGCAGCCUUUUCCUCUCUGGAUUUUCUAGUAGGGUUUAUAUCUAGCUGUCUGUUCCCAUGAAUUUUCUAGAAACUUCUCAUCUAGUAUUCUUUCAGAUUUUGUUGGAGACACUUGCAUGUGUGAGGAAGCUGUACUUACGUUGCUGCUCCAGCUCUAUUCCAGCUCCAUAUUUGAUUGGAUUGCAGUUGUCUUGUUUCUGUAUGAACGCAAGCGAAAAUGGCACUGAUUGAUACAAGAUGGAAAAAAAUCACGGUGUUAAUUGGCACAGGUUUCCCAGAACUCUGUCAAAUCUGUCCAUGCAGGUUUUGAGGGCAUGAGUAGGUGAGGCGGUCGGUUGUGGUUUGUCCAGGUCACUUCCUGAGGUCUCUGCCAAGGUGAAUGAGUAUUGUUCUAAGAAAUAUAUGUAAAAGGAAGGCAAGUGGGAGCUUCUGUUUUGGUGGUGAUGUAUCAAUUUAAAGAGUUGAAAUGCAGACAUUUCCACUUCUUUCUAUGCAGAGAAGUUACAGCCAAACAUAAUUACUUGGUGAGUGAGUAGUAUUUGUCUUUGACAGGUAAGACACUGUCCACAGUAUUACCUUGUUAGUAUUAAAAUACUUGGUACUACUGGAAGGGGAGGAGCUGCGUUAGUGAUCUCUGUUUAAAAAGCUGAAUCUAAUUGUAUCUUAUGGGUGAAUACAGAUAAUAUAGAAGUGAAGGGAACCAUUAGUGCUGUGUAAUACCUCCAGUUUGGUGUAUUCUUACGGAGUUUUACCUAUUUGAACACUGGAUGUUGGAAUAGAUUGGUGGAUUAAAUGCCUGAGCAAUGUCUGAAUGCCCUGUUCCAAACUGUUUAUAUAAAACGAGUUUGGAUCGGGACAUCAGCUGCUGCAAUGAUUCUUUUACUAUGCUGCUAACUUUUUGGGAUUUUCCCAUAUGAAAUGUGCUCUGUGUAAGCUUGGUACAUUACCAGCUGUUAGGAACCUCAUUUGAAAGUUACUUGAAAUAAACUUACCUUCAACAAUGUGGUUGAUCAAGGCUCCUUUCCUACAGUAGCUCCGAUUUAAUUUUACUGUAGUGCUUUCAUGUUGAAUUUUCUUGAUUAAGAAUGGAAUGCAUACCAACAGAAAGCUGACUAUGUUAUGUGUAGAAACUGUGUGCAAGCUAAGGCUUGAAGAAUGUUCAGAACACAAAUGAGUAGUAAAAGAGUAUGGAUAAUAAACUAGAUAGUAAUCAAAGUAUUAAACUGAAGGCUUGAAGGAAUGAGUUUAGCAAGUUGAAAUUUCAUGACCCAUAUGGUGGUGUGUUGCUGUAUCUAAUGGAUACAGAGCAUAUUGGUGAAUAACUUAACAUCUUACUGCCAAGCAGUCUAAAGACCAGCUGAAUAACCUCGUACAUGGUACAGAGGCAUCCAUCUUACUGGAUUGAAGAUAAACUUGAAAACUGGAAAAUAAGUCACUUAUACUCAAAGUUCUUUUUCUAUUGUUAUACUUUCUGUCUUCUAGAUAAAUGACUUCAAUUUUAGGAAGUUUGCUGGUCUUUAAAAUACAGACAAAAAACUGAGAGAUGGAUGUAAUGUACUGUGUAUUACCUUUGUAUACUAAUGCUUCUGUUUUAUGAGAUAGGCUUGCCUCAAAAAAUGUCUGCUUCAUCUUCUUCAGUAGUAAGUUAAAGGACGGAGAUGAAGGAACUGUUUCCAGUGGAACUUACGGUAUUGAACCACAGCUCCUUCUGGCUGAGCUGAGGUUGGUGUUCUGUCACUCUGUUGUUGUCUGCAGUGGAUCUUGGGGUUGGUGCACAUAACCUGCCUUCUUGGAGAACCUGAUAAUAAUGCAUCAACUGGAGACUACAAAUCCCAGUCGACUUUGGUUUAAGAAGAGGACUUUAAGUCUUUAUUUUACUUCUUGGAUUUUGAUAGAAGAAUGCCAGACUAGAUAACGUGAUUUAUUCCAUUCUUUACAGGUUCCUGACCCACAUGAAUGGUGGUAUCAGAAUGUCUUCCAGGCUUCUUGUCAAUAAAAAAGAUUAGAAAACAAGACUAGCGUCUGUCCAAUGGGGCUCACUCUCCAUUUCUUUCUACACGCCUUUCCUUUGCGGGGAGAAGAAGAAGAGAAUAGCAUGAAAAGUGCAAAAUGUUUCAAAUUCCUGUUCAAAAUCUUGAUAAUAUCAGGAAGGCUCGCAAAAGGGUGAAAGGCAUUCUUGUGGAACUUGGGCUCGACAGCUGCAGGGAAUUGUUGAAGAAUCUUAAAAGUUUUGACCCAGGUGAAAAAUACUUUUGCAACACUUCGUGGAGUGAUGUCUCUCCUUGGGAGUCUGUGGGCAAAAGGAAGAGAUACAGAACAAAGCCGUACUGCUGUAGUUUAUGCAAGUUCUCAUCAAAAUUACUUACUUCACUGAAGAAUCAUUUGCACCGUUACCAUGAAGAUGAAAUGGAUCAAGAGCUUGUAGUACCUUGCCCAAAAUGUGUGUUUGCUUCUGAGCCAAAAGUAGUAGGAAAACACAUCCGAAUGUUUCAUUCAUCUAAUAAGAGAAUACAGAACUAUACCGUCAGCAUCUUGGAUGGCAUGAAACAAUUCAGGAGUGACAUCAUAAACUUUACGUGUCUAAAAUGUAACUUUACAGACACGUUGUAUUACAACAUGAAGAAACAUGUGCUGAUGAACCAUUUUCAAAACUUAAUAAGUACGUAUUUUGGCCAGAGACCUGAUGAAAGUAAAGAGAAUUCUAUUGAGAACUACUGUAAAAAAUGUAAUGCUUCUGCAAACAGCCAAGAUUCUUUGAUGUAUCAUGUCUUGACAGCUGAAACACACAGAGACCUGGAGAACAAACUUCGGUCUGUAAUUUCAGAGCAUAUUAAGAAGCCAGGACUUGUGAAACAAAUGCAGAUUGCUCCAAAGCUUCCCCAAAGUGUACCUGUAGCCACUCCAUCUUUAGGUCCUCCUGUGGCCCCAGCAGGUUCCAUCACAGCUCCAGCUUGUAUCCAGCUUGCGUUCCCACAGAAUAAUCAAAACCAGACUGUGGUGCAGGCAAAAGUUCAGAACACAGUCACAUCACUGACUGUUCCAAGUGCCUCUGGUAGUGUUCCACAUACAACUUCUCUUCCGGUUGUUCCCUCGUCACAUGUUACUCUUGUAUCCAGUCACCUUCCUGCUGGUCAGAAUAAUGUUAAUAUUCAGCCAUCACCUUCUCAGCCUCUCAUUGUUUCUCAUGGGCUUCCUCUUAAUCAGCCUGUCACAGCUGGGGCUGUUCCUCUGAGUCAUUCUGUUGGGACCCUAAACAGAACCGUGGCCCCUGCAGUUCUUCCUCUUAAUCAAUCAGUCAGGCCUGGACUCUUUCCUAUUAAUCAAUCUGUUGGUACUGUACAUAGUCCAGUUGCAGCUGCAACAUUACCUGUUACUCAGCCUGUCAGCCCUGUCAAUCAACCAGUUGCACCAGGAGUUCUAUCAGUUAACCAUUCGGCUGAGAAUGUGACUAGACCCACUGGUCCCACAGUCCUUCCUGUGGCUCAGACAGUUGCAUCAGGGGUUUUACAGCUUAAUCAGUCUGCUGUGUCUGGAGUUGUUCCUGUCAGACCGCCUGUCAGACCUGGGUUUCUUCAGCUUAAUCAGCCUGUUGCCCCAGCAGUUAUCCCAGUAAGUCAGCCAGUUAGAUCUGCAGUUUCUCAAAACGCAACUUUUUUGGCUACAGGUUCUAUACUUAGGCAGUUGAUUCCAACUGGGAAGCAAGUUAAUGGCAUACCUACCUACACACUUGCCCCAUUUUCAGUUACUUUGCCUGUACCUCCUGGUGGUGGCGUUACUGUGGGUACUCCACCACAAGUACCUAUCCAACUAAUGCAGUCUGGGACAGUAACUCAGUUAUCUCAGUCACCAGCUAGUGCACCCUCUCCUCCAGUGGUUUUAACAACUCAGAGUAUAUCAUUACAAGCUUCCCCACCUGAUCCUGAAACAAGUCAGACCCUUGGAAAGGCGAAGCAGUGGAAGAUUUGCCCUGUUUGCAAUGAGCUUUUUCCAUCAAAUGUCUACGAGGUGCAUAUGGAGGUGGCCCACAAACAUGGUGAAGUAAAAAUAGAGGAAGCCCAGGAACCUGACAAACUUGCAGCUUGUGCACCCUUUCUGAGGUGGAUGACAGAGAAGACAGUCCGAUGUUUCUCUUGUAAAUGUUUUCUCUGUGAGGAAGAGCUCAUGAAACACCUCUUGAUGCAUGGCUUAGCUUGCUUGUUUUGCACAGUUACUUUCCACGACUUAAAAAGCCUUGCGGAGCACAGUAAAUCUACACACAGUGGGAAGAAGCAGUUACAUGCAGACUACAGCAACAGAGGAUUUCAGCUAGGUAAUGAGGCUCAGGGUGACCUUGUAUUUCCCCACUUUGAUUUCAGUACAGUGUUACCAGAAGAAGACAUUGGUGAAAGAGAAGUACACUUGGCAGUGCUCGCUGGAGUAAAUUCAAGGACGCUCGUCCCCAUUUACAUCAAAGUGAAACCUCAGCCAGCAGAACUGAACAAUGGAUGCAACAAAGUGUUAACCUGUCCGUUUUGUUUUAGUUUGUUUAUUAGUCAAGAAACCUAUGAAAUGCAUUUGAAAGAGAGGCAUCAUGUUAUGCCAACUGUACAUACAAUUUUAAAGUCUCCGGCUUUCAAGUGCAUCCACUGUUGUGGUGUGUACACUGGAAAUAUGACUCUAACAGCUAUUGCUGUGCAUUUGCUCCGUUGUAGAAGUGCUCCCAAAAACAGCAACUCAAGUGUGAAGAUGCAGCUUGAGCGUACUGAGAAGAAAGAGCUACUGUUUGUGAAUGGUGAAAAGCAUGAUUCUGUAAUUAAGAGAAAGCAGCCUGAUUCCUAUUUUGUUGCAGAAGACCAAAAGAAUAAGGAACAGCAGCCACUAAGCUUAAGUACUGGGCUAGCUCUGUAUCCAGAGGAUGAAUUGUAUUCAGGGCUAGUGCCUUUCAAACGACAAAAGAUUAGUAUUAGGACUGAGAUAAAGAAAAUAUCUAGUGAGGAUCUUCGUCUUCUAGCAGUGGAUCCUAGACAGUAUGAUCACAGUUCAUAUGAGACUCAAAAACAGUUUUUGACAGACUACUUUCACGUGAGGCCAUAUCCUUCAAAAAAAGAGAUGCAGUUACUCUCCACACUGCUAUACGCUUGGAAAAUUGAUGUUGCAUCGUUCUUUGGAAAAAGGAGGAAUAUAUGCUUGAAGGCGAUAAAUAGUCAGAAACCUUCUGUGCUGCUGGGUUUCAGUAUGUCAGAACUGAAAAAUAUUAAGCACAAUUUGAAUAUAAAAGAUGAACCAUUAGAUAUGUAAACAAGCUUUUUGUAACAUCUAAAAGCAGUCAACAAUUGCAUACUUAUGAAUUUUGCAAUUUUUAUUGUGUUGAAAUACUAAAUUUAACUUGCAGACUGGCCUGUUGGUGGGCUGUAGUAGUAUAAAAACUUUCAGUUGUGACUGUUAUUGUGAAAGGUACACAGUUGUGUAUUUGAAACAGCUAAAACCUUCAGAUUUACACUUCUGGAAUUUGUUUUAGCUUUUUACUUCUAGAGUAGUAAUUUUUUGUUGGUUUUGUUCCCCUUUUGCCUCCUCCAGGCGCCCAAUAGACUUUUUUAUACCAUCAUGUAAAAUGUUUUGUGCUGUUAAAUACAAAUUUUAUUUUAUUUUUCUGCAAUGUCAUUAUGUUUUCUAAACAAUAAAAUGUAUAAUGUUGUUUAAAAUACUGAGGUAAA